AUGGCCAUGGCACAGACCACAACAAUUCCCGUAAAUGUGGGACUGAUUCUUGAUAUGGAUACCAUGGUUGGGAAGAAGUGGCUGAGCUGUAUCUCAAUGGCUCUCUCAGACUUCUAUGCCUCCAAUGGUCACUAUAGGACUCGGCUUGUUCUAAACCCCAGAGACUCCAAGAAUGAUGUUGUUGGUGCUGCUUCAGCGGCUCUUGACCUGCUGAAAAAUGUCCAAGUAAAAGCCAUAAUAGGGCCAUCAACAUCCAUGCAGGCCGACUUCGUGAUUGAACUCGGACACAAAGCUCAAGUGCCCAUUAUUUCAUUUUCUGCAACAAGCCCUCCUCUUUCUUCACCAUAUUUUAUCCGUGCUACGCAUAAUGAUUCUUCUCAAGUCAAAGCCAUUAGCGCAAUUGUGCAAGCAUUUGGAUGGAAAGAAGUCGUGCCAAUCUAUGUAGACAAUGAGUUUGGAGAAGGGAUUAUACCUUUUUUGACUGAUGCUUUGCAAGAGAUUUACGUUAUUGUCCCCAACCGAAGCACUAUUCCUGCUUCAGCCACAGAUGAUCAACUUGUUGCAGAACUUAAAAAGUUGAGGACAAUGAAAACCAGAGUAUUCAUUGUCCACAUGUUGUCGACCCUUGGUUCUCGACUUUUUAUCAAAGCAAAAGAGUUAGGAAUGAUGACAGAAGGCUAUGUUUGGAUCAUAAGUGAUGCCUUGAUUAAUGAACUGCACUCGAUAAAUUCAUCGGUCAUUGAUUCUAUGCAAGGGGCAAUAGGGGUGAAAUCUAAUGUUCCAAGAACAAAAAAGCUUGAAGAUUUUACCAUUAGAUGGAAAAGGCAAUUUCUACUAGACAACCCAACUAUGUUUAACACAGAGUUGGGUGUUUUCGAACUAGGGGCUUACGAUGCGGCUACUGCACUAGCAAUUGCAGUUGAAAAAGUUGGGGAUAACAAUCUUGGCUUCCAAAAGGCAAACAGAUCAAUAAAAAAUUCAACAAAUCUUGAAACUUUUGAAGUCUCUUCAAAUGGUCCUAUGCUUCUCCAAGCACUUCAAAAUACAAAAUUUAGGGGCCUCAAUGGAGAUUUCUACUUAGUUGAAAGGCAACUGCAAUCAUCGGUUUUUCAAAUAAUUAAUGUGAUUGGCGAUGGAGGUCAAGGAAUUGGUUUUUGGACAGCAGAAAAUGGGAUUGUUAGGGAACUAGACAUCAGAAAUAAGAACAAAAAUUCCAUUUCAAAGGCUAACCUUGGAUCUAUUAUAUGGCCAGGCAAUAGGACAUGCCCUCCCAAGGGUUGGGAGAUUCCAACAAAUGGGAAGAAGUUGAGAAUAGGAGUUCCAGUGAAGAGUGGCUUUCUAAAAUUUGUAGUUGUAAAACGAAAUCCAGGUACUAACACGACGAAUGUCACCGGGUACUGCAUUGAUAUUUUCAACACUGUAAUGGAAGCAUUACCCUAUACGGUUCCUUAUGAAUAUGUUCCAUUUGCAACUGAUGAUGGCAAGAGUGCUGGUACUUACAAUGAUUUGGUCUAUCAAGUGUAUCUUGGGAAAUAUGAUGCAGUUGCAGGAGAUACAACUAUAACCGCAAGUAGGUCACAAUAUGUGGACUUUACUAUACCAUUUGCCGAGUCCGAGGUUUCAAUGGUUGUACCUUUCAAAGAUAAUGAGAGUAAAAAUGCUUGGGUGUUCUUGAAGCCAUUGACUUGGGAGCUUUGGGUGACAAGCUUUUGUUCGUUUGUAUUUAUUGGUUUUGUCAUUUGGGUUCUUGAACAUCGACUAAAUCAAGAUUUUAGGGGACCUCCUUCACACCAAAUUGGGACGAUGUUCUGGUUUUCCUUCUCAACCAUGGUUUUUGCACAUAAAGAGAAGAUGGUGGGCAACUUGUCCAGGUUUGUGGUGAUCAUUUGGGUGUUUGUGGUACUCAUACUGAGCCAAAGUUACACGGCAAGUCUUGCAUCGAUGUUAACGGUUCAACACCUCCAACCUACAGUUACAGAUGUGAAUGAACUUAUAAAUAAAGGGGCAUAUGUGGGAUACCAAGAGGGUUCUUUUUUUUUAGGGCUACUAAAGCAAAUGGGCUUCCAUGAAAACAAACUUAAGCCAUUUAGUUCUGCUGAAGAAUGCCAUGAACUUUUUUCGAAAGGGAGUGGAAAUGGUGGUUUCGCGGCUGUAUUCCUUGAGACCCCCUGGAUUAAGCUUUUCUUUUCAAAAUACUGCUCAAAAUAUACCAUGGUUGGACCAACAUAUAAGACCGCUGGCUUGGGCUUUGUGUUUCCAAAAGGUUCCCCUUUAGUACCAGAUGUUUCAAGAGCAGUCCUACAUGUGACCGAAGGAGAUAAGAUUAUAGAACUUGAGAGAAAAUGGUUGGGGCAAGAAACUAGUUGUGCAGGCUCUACCACCUCCCUUUCUUUCAACAGCCUAGGUCUUGAGAGCUUCUGGGGCCUCUUCCUCAUUGUUGGAGUCACUUCGGGUUUAGCUUUGGCCAUAUUUAUGAUUACGUUCAUACACGAGCAUUGGGACACCAUAAGAUGCUGUGAUCCCAAUUCUUCAAUAUGGAAAACACUUGUUAUGUUUGCUAGAGCCUUCGAUCAAAAAGACUUGAGCUCACAUAUUUUCCUAAGAAGAGAAGUCCGAGACAGAAGUUGCAGGAUUGGGAUGGAUAGAUUGGGUUCACCUGAAGCCUCAACUCUUACUAAUUGCUCACCAACUCCAUCUAUGUUCACACUCCAUGCCUCCUCGAAUAGUAAUGCCCCACCAAGUCCAUUAAACUUUUCGCCUCGACCAGAGCAGAGCUGUGUGUUUUUUGGAAAUCAAGGAACUCCUUCACAUGAGUUUGGUGAUCCAAAUUCACUUGAGCAAACAACUCAAGAGAUAAGUCCGGCCAUUGAGCUUACUAGUCAAAUCACAGAUACCGACUCUGUCAUGUCUUACCAUUGAAUUAUAUUUUCUCAAGUCCCAUGAUUGUGCCCUCCAGGACAUAAUUCUGGAAGGGGAUGUAACAUUUCUGCCACUGAUGAUGACCUUUAUGGUAAGGAAUC